AUGGUUAAAGCUUUGAAAAAUUACAUUGUUGAAACAAAACAAAAAAGUGGUUCUAGUAACAAAUUAUGUUACUGCAAAGCUUGCUUUAUUAAACUUGGUGAAAACAGCAAUGAAUUAAAAACAAUAGUAGAUAAAACUGAACCUUUGAAAAAUUACAUUGUUGAAACAAAACAAAAAAGUGGUUCUAGUAACAAAUUAUGUUACUGCAAAGCUUGCUUUAUUAAACUUGGUGAAAACAGCAAUGAAUUAAAAACAAUAGUAGAUAAAACUGAACGAUCAAAUUCUACUUCGUCUCAAUCAUCUAAUUAUGGUCCUUUAGAUAAUUUUGUUGCCAGACCUUUAUCUAAAGCAGAUAAUGAAGUUUUUCAUAAACUUAUAUUAAAAGCCACUAUUUCUUGUGGUUUUCCAUUAUCUUGGGUGAAUAAUCAAGAAACAACAGAAUUAUUUAAAUUUCUCAACCCACAUAUCAAACUACCAGAUAGAAAAACCCUUUCCACUAAACUAUUGAAUGAUGCAGUUAAAGAAUAUGAUAAUGUCAUGUUAGAAAAAUUAAGAUUAGAUCAAAUAGGUGUCACACUUAUGUUUGAUGGAUGGACGAAUGUUAGGCAACAAGAAUUAAUGGGAUGUGUUCUUUUGAUGUCAGAUGGAGAACCAUGUGUAUGGCAAGCUAUGGAUAUUAGUAGUGAACGUGAUACAAUGUUUGAAGUUAUGACUAAAACUGAAGAAUUAAUUUCCAAAUUAAUCGAUAUGAAAAUAACAUUGUUAUCAAUAGUAACUGAUAGUGCACCUUCCUAUAAUGCAUCAAGGCAAUUCAAAAAUACAUCAGGCAAUGCCUUAAAAGUGUCAGCCUAUUUUAAAGAUGCUAGACAUAAAUAUUUCAUUGGCCAACUUCGUGAUAUUCAAAAAGAACUUUAUAGCAAAUAUAUUCAACUUGCACUUCCAUGUAAUACCAGGUGGAACAGUCAACAUAAUUGCUUUAAAAGUUUAAUUGCUACUAAAAAUGCUUUACGUUCUUUGGCAAUAAAAUUUGAUCCUUCUUCAUCAACGAAUACAUUGAAAAUUUCACAUGAAAUGUAUUGUAUUAUAAUGAAUGAAUCUUUUUGGGAUGAACUUUUAAAAUUGGAUCAAAUUUUGAUUCCUUAUUGCAAUAUUUUGAAUAAACUACAAAGUGACAAGGCAAGAUUAUAUGAAGUUUUACAUUGUUAUGCAUAUUUGUAUCAAUUUUGGAAAAGUUAUUCUGAUGAACUCUUGGCCAGUAGAAUAUUAUCAAGAUUGGAAAAUAGAUGGAGUUUAUGGGAACAACCUCUUCUCAUUCUUUCUUGGCUUCUUCAUCCUUUUGAAAAUAAUAUUCACAAAUAUUGGUGCUGGGUUCAGGAUGCCUAUCCAGAAAUUGGAAUUGUUGCAGCACGUAUUUUUGGUAUUUGUAUUAAUGCAGCUUCAGUAGAACGACUGUGGAGUAGUAUGGGAUUUUUUCAUUCAAAAAAUCGAAAUAGAUUGGAGUUCACUAGAGUCUUAGAAAUGGCAAAAUUGAAGGCUGGCAUUACAUAUAAUCGACUUCUUCAACAAGAACUUUCUUUAUCAAAUAAAGAAAUAAAUUUAGAAGAACAGAAUAGCAUUGAAAGAGAAAUGAUAUUGGAAGCCGAAUCUUCAAAUGUAAAUACUAACUUAAAUGAAGAAAGUUAUUUGGGUGAACAAAAUGAUGAACAGGAUAAUAAUAGUUUAGAAGCAGAUGUAAUUGCACAGUUUAAUAAUAAUUUGGGUGAGUGGAUAGAAAUUCUUCAAGAAGAAGAGAGAAAUAAACGGUCAAGAAUAUGA